AGCAUCGCUGGCUGAGCUUCAGUUCCCAAAAGCAUUGCCUUCAGAUUCCGACACUUUCUAAUCUCCAUAUCUCCAACAAACUCAGUUACACACCCCAUAUUUUCCCUAUGUUCUAUCCAAAUUACAAAACCACACACCACCCACAAGUUUCGACCUCCAUGGACUGAAAAGAGCUUGAGCUCCAGCUCCACCAAUGUCGAAGCAAACUUCUGAUUGCACCCAACCCGAAGCAAACGAGAACGACUUCGAAACCCCGCUGAAUCCCAUCCAUUUCCCUCCUCCUCGAACACCUCUCAACGCCAUUGCAGAUCCUUCUCAGUUUGCUCAUGAUUCCGAUUUCGACUCUUCUUAUUUCGCCACCAAGUUCGAAUCCCUUCGACAUGGUCGAUACUCGCUUUCUGAUAGAAAACUCGAAGCUCGUGGUAAUGUCGGUAAGGCGCAUUCGGAGCCGAACUCGGCGCAAAGCACUCCAACAAGACGAAUUUCAGUGGGUGGAGUAAUAGGAGCUUGCCAUGGAAGUAGAGUCUCACUGCAUACAUGGAACAAAGCAGGGAGUUCUAGAGCUUGCAGAGCAAUUUCUGCUGUGAAUUCCGAAUUGCCUGAUGAAAUCCCGCAUUUCGAGCUCGUUCAAGAUUCUUCUUUCUGGACUGAUCAUAAUGUGCAGGUGCUGAUUCGAAUUCGACCAUUAAGUAGCAGAGAGAGGGCUUCUCCAGGCUACAGUAGAUGUUUGAAGCAGGAAAGCGCGCAGACCAUGGUGUGGCUUGGCCAUCCUGAAACCAGAUUUACCUUUGAUCAUAUUGCAUGCGAGACCAUAUCACAGGAAAGUCUGUUUAGGGUCGCUGGAUUGCCAAUGGUUGAGAAUUGUUUGUCCGGUUAUAAUAGCUGUAUGUUUGCCUACGGUCAGACAGGCAGUGGCAAAACGUAUACUAUGAUGGGUGAGAUAUACGAAAUUGAAGGAAAGUUCAAUGAAGAUUGUGGGAUAACUCCGCGCAUUUUUGAAUAUUUAUUUCAGAGAAUUCAAGCAGAGGAGGAAAGUAGAAAGAAUGAACAGCUCAAGUAUAGCUGCAAAUGUUCCUUUCUAGAGAUCUACAAUGAGCAGAUAACUGAUCUUUUGGAGCCUUCAUCAAAUAAUCUGCAAAUUAGAGAAGACUUGAAGAAAGGGGUAUAUGUUGAAAACCUCACAGAGUACAAUGUGGGAAAUGUUCGUGAUGUUGUCAAGCUUUUGUUGCAGGGUGCUGUAAAUAGAAAAAUGGCAGCAACACAUAUGAACAGUGAGAGUAGCCGCUCGCAUAGUGUUUUCACUUGUACUAUUGAAAGCAGUUGGGAGAAAGAUUCGAUGAACCAUUUUAGAUUUGCAAGGUUAAAUUUAGUAGACCUAUCUGGUUCUGAGAGGCAGAAAAGCUCUGGUGCAGAGGGAGACCGUUUAAAAGAAGCAGCAAACAUAAAUAAAUCCUUAUCAACUCUCGGGUUGGUUAUAAUGUCUUUGGUGGAUUUAGCACAUGGAAAACAUAGACAUGUUCCAUACCGAGAUUCGAGAUUGACAUUUCUACUUCAGGAUUCUCUUGGUGGAAACUCAAAAACAACUAUUAUUGCGAAUGUUAGUCCAUCCAUUUGUUCUGCUAAUGAAACACUCAGCACUCUAAAGUUUGCCCAGCGUGCCAAACUUAUUCAAAACAAUGCUAAGGUGAAUGAAGAUGCUUCAGGUGACAUAAAUGCCCUUCAGCGGCAAAUCCAAAAGUUAAAGGGCCAGUUGUCCUUUCUUAUGAAGCAUAAUUACCAAUUAUCAAGUUGUGUAACAAAUAGUCAAGAAUCUAGAUUCAAUGACUUGCCUGAGGAAUAUCAUUCUUUAGGAGAAGAAUUGGCAAAUGAUAAUCGUAUGGCCCAAUGUUUUCAAAACAAGAUUAAAUGCAUGGAAGCUAGUUUAGCUGGUGCUCUUAGGAGAGAAAAAGUGGCAGAGACAGCAAUUCAGAAGUUAGAGGCUGAACUAGAACGCAUGAACCACUUGGCUUGCCAAGGAGAAGAGGACUCUCAGCAUAGUAAAAUGAUGUUAAAAUUUCGUGAUGAGAAGAUCAAACGCCUCGAAUUGUUGGUUGAUGGAAUGCUGUCAGCUGAGACAUAUCUCAUGCAAGAAAACAAGACUUUGCUGGAAGAGAUUCAACUGCUUCGUGCAAAAAUUGACAGAUAUCCAGAACUAUCUCAAAUUUCUCUAGAGAAUAAUAGACUUAGAGAGCAACUACAGUCAAUUCAAAAUUUUUAUGAACAUGGAGAGCGAGAAACAUUGUUAGCUGAAGUAUCAGAGUUACGCAAUCAGCUUCUGGAAAAACUUGAAGGAAAGGUUCCACUCUAUACAAAUAAUGAAAAUCAGGACAAGGAUUCUGUGAAGGAAUUAGAACAUUGCAGGAAUCUGAAUUCCAAAUUGAUUAGGGAAGUAGAUGAGCUGCGUUUAGGACUGGGAAAGUAUAUAAACUGCUGUCAAGUUGCAUCUGAUUCUGUUACAGAUUCCUUCUCCAAGGAUACUGAAGAAUUUAGACAGCCAGAUAAAUAUUCUCUGGUCGAGAGCAUUUCUCUCCAAAGUGAUGCUGGAGAUGAGAUGGCAUCUUAUACUCAAACAGAUGAUGAGGCGGUACUAAAUCAUAUCGAUCAAUAUAUGGAUGGUGGUCCAGUUAUUCCUCCUAAUAUCAGAAAGGAGUUGAUUGAGGUGAUGGAGCCAAAGCAGGUCUGUCUGAAUGGCAAGCUGCAGCAUGUGCAAGAUGAGAGUUGUAGAUACAUGGAAAUCUCAAGUUGCAAGGACAACUUAGAGAAAGAGUCUGUGCUUAAACCUGAAAACAAAUUUUCCAAAGUAAAUGGUUUAGAUAAGCAACACAAUGGCCAGGUGAUGGACAGCAAUGGCGAAAUUGAAAGGAUAGCCUUGCAAGCCAAGUUGGAUAGAAUGACUAAGGACCUUGAGGAAGUAAGGUUACUUAAUAGCAAGCUUCAAGAAGAUCAGGAAUUACAGUUAUCUUCCCAGCAUGAAACUGAACUAGUCCGUGAACAGGUUGAGGUUGAGACAGCCAGAACAAUUCUUCAAUUACAGGAAGAGGUUGCUGCCCUUCAGUGUGAACUUGAUGGGAGAUUGGAUUAUGUGACUCGAGAAAAUACAAAACUAAGAAACACUGUAGAAGCUAAAGAGAAGAAAAUAAAGGAAGUGGGUAUGGAGUGGGAAAGGGCAAUCGCAGAACUGACAGGCUUCCUUGUAGAUGGAUCUAGAUCUCUCAAUAAUGUCUCUGGCCAAAUUGAAAGUAUUGCUUGUUCAUUUCCCCAAGCUAAUGCUUGGAUUAGUGAACAUGUUGUGAGAGCUGCCAAAGUUUGCAUUGAGAGGGAAGAAACAAUACUCCAUCUACAAAGGAGCUUGGAAGAUGCACAAAAUAUGGCAAUGGAUAUGGGGCAGAAGUUAAGUUCCUUGAAGGGAGCAACGUUAGCUUUAACUGAAUUCCAGCAACUAGAUAAUACUGAAGUCUCCGAGGAGGAAUGUCAGUUAAGCAUGUUGUUGAAUGAGAAGACCAACAUGGUAAAGAUGUUAAAGAGAAAACUCAAAGUCAAGGAGGAUCAGGUUAUUGAAGCAGAAAAAUAUGCUAAUGUUGCUUUCCUUGUGAUAAAUUGGCUUUUUGAUCGCCAUAAGGUUGCUCAGAUGGGUGAAACAGAGGACAGUAUUCCCAUCUCAAAAAUGGCUAAUCAUAAAAUUGCUCAGGUGAAGGAUGAUGCAAAUGCCUUGGUUUUGGAAGAUAUUAUUGCUCAGGUUGAGCUGGCUAAGUCAGGAGUAUUUGAAUCUGAAAAUGCUCUUAAUGCAAUUUAUGCACACACAGAAAUGCAUAUAAAAGCUCUCCAGACCAAUAUCUACGAAAUUUCUCAUACAUAUAGGGAGUUGGUUCGGAAUUUAGUGAAAGAAAUUCAAGACAUGAGGAUGGCAUACACAGAAGUAAGAGAGCAGGGCAAAAUUUCUGAGUGUUGUACAGCUCAUACACCACCACUGGAAGAAGACAGGUGUCUGAAGUUUAAGAACCUGUAUCACAUGCUGCAUCAAAUAAGAGAUGAAAUAAAUGAAACAAAUGAGAGACUGAAAGUUAUUGAAGAUUUCAUUAACACAGAAGUAAACGCGUCUGAAUGCUCUUCAAUGGAUGGAGGUUUAGUAAAUGCUGACUCCUGGAGCACUGAUUGUUCUUCAUCAAGCUCUGAUCUUUCAACUGCAAGCGUUGAAUCAGAAAUUAAAUUCCACAAAUCCUCAUGGACUUGCUGUACUAAAGUUGAAGGCUCAAUUCUUUUAUCUACUGACGAAGGUUCUAAAAAUUCAAAGUUCUUAAAAGGUCCAAUGUAUUACCUGAAAAAGGAAUUAAAGACAAUAUGUGAUUCUUUCAAAAAACUAUAUGUUCGACUAACCACACUUGUUGAUGAUUCGGACAGUGGAGAGAGUUCAUAUGCAGAGUUAAAACAACUGGUUCCAUCUUGUAAGUUACGGAUGGAGGUUAAGGCAGGUUUCCAUAAUCCUAUUGAGGUAGAAGGUGAUGAGAAAAUUGAUCGAGCUAGAAGCUUCUUGACCAAAUUUGAGCAAGCUCGUUUGACAAUAAGAGAGGCUGAUAUCAUGUUAAAUGCUUUACUGAAAGCAAAUGAGAAUGCAAAACAGUUGACUGGAAUGUGGAAGCAAACUGGUGAAGAACUAAUGGUAGAGCGAGCAAGCUUGAUAGAAGAAGUUAAAUGUCUGAGAUCUUCAAUAUCUGUGAAAGAAAGAGAACAGGAUGAAACCCAUUAUAAGUUGGCAGAGAUAGCAAACUCAAUAUCUUCACUUGAAGAAUGUUUUAUGCAAUUGAAAAUCGAUGUGGAGAAAAGGUUAAAGGACAUAUAUUCUGAUGUUUAUUCAAUGGGAAUAGAAAUGUUGAGUUUUGUUAGCAGCUCAAGAUCAUUGUUAGAAGAUAUAUGGUAUGAGACUCUGAAAAAAGGAUUUGCCUCAUUUGUGCUAUACCAGUGUCAUCUAGAAGAGCUUAUUAGAAAAUUACCAUGCUUAAAUGUAGACAUGGGUUUCCAUCUAUCCAGAAGUCCAGAAAGCUAUACAGAAGUCAAUAAACUGCAAAAUAUUAGUUCAAGUGCUAAGGGUGAGAUCAUGAUUACAUGUAAGAAGAGCAUAGAUGAAGGGGAUCAAAGAGAAGUAGCUACAAAUGCAGAAGGGGGUGAGUUGUCCCUUGAUAGUCUGAUAAAUGAGAAUUUAUCAUUGAAAAAGGAACUACAAAGGAAAGAAGUUCUACUAGAAGGCUUGCUUUUUGAUUUUAGGCUGUUGCAGGAAUCAGCAUCAAACAGAAAGGACAUUAAGGAUGAAACUGAAAACCUUAUAUGUUUUCUGCACCAAGUUCGGCAUGAGUUGGAGAUGAAGACAAGCCAGCUCGAUGACAUGCUGGUCCAAAACCAAAAACUUGAGCGUCACCUGAAUGAUACUGAGAAGGCUUUGUUUAUAUCAAACUCCAAGCUUGAUCAGGCUACAAAAGAAAGUGAGACUUUUUCAGAUCAGAUUGUUGAGUUAAAAAUGCUGCUGAAAGACCUCUAUAUCAGGAAAUCUGAAGCUGAAGAACAACUGGAAGAACAGAAGGAGAUUGUGAAAAGCAUGGAAAAUGAAAUUCUUCAGUUGACAUCUUCGGCUGAAAUGAAAUUCCUCUCCUCAGUAGAAUCCAUUGAAGAUAAUAUGAGAAGAAUCGCCAGUGAGAGAGACCAACUCAUUGAAGAAGUUCAAUCCUUGAACAAUAAACUUGAAAUGGCAUAUGCAUUAGCUGAAGAAAAUGAAGCUAUUGCUGUUGAAGCUCGUCAGGAGUCAGAGGCAAGCAAGAUAUAUGCUGAACAAAAGGAAGAGGAGGUUAAGAUUUUAGAACGGUCUGUCGAAGAGCUAGAGUGUACCAUAAAUGUAUUGGAAAAGAAGGUGUAUGAGAUGGAUGAUGAGGUAGAAAGACAUCGGUUGAUCAGAGAUUCAUUAGAACUAGAACUCCAAGCUCUGAGACAGAGAUUAUCAACCGUUGAAAACUCAGCUGGAAUUGUGGAUUCAGAUAACAUAAAUGCUGAACAAACUCAGAUAUAUGUAAAACUGCAGAAUAUAUCACUGGAGCUUCAUGAGGCUCAUACUCAGAUAAAACUUCUUGAAGAGGAAAGAGCAGAACAGGAUAAAGAGAUCAAACAAUGCAAAGAGUACAUCUCUGAACUAGUUUUGCAUGCUGAAGCCCAAGCAUCACAGUACCAACAAAAGUACAAGACUCUGGAGGCCAUGGUUCGUGAAGUUCAAAUAGAUUCCACAAAUCCGACAUCUACAGCUUCAACAUCAUACCAAACUGAGAAGGGUUCAGUAAGGACAAGGGGCUCGAGCUCACCAUUUAGAUGCAUUGCAGGUUUGGUUCAGCAGAUGAAUUUGGAGAAGGAUCAGGAAUUAUCAGCGGCCAGGCAUCAAAUUGAGGAGCUAGAGGCACUUGCAACUAGUCGGCAGAGAGAGGUAUGUAUGCUGAAUACCAGAUUAGCUGCAGCAGAAAGCAUGACACAUGAUGUCAUUCGAGAUUUACUUGGAGUCAAAUUGGACAUGACUAACUUUGCGAAUUUGAUAGACCAGCACCAGGUUGAAAAAUUAGUGGAGGAAGCCCAUCAACAAACCGAAGAGUUCCAUGCUAAGGAGCAAGAAAUAAUCAACUUCAGGAAGCAAAUUAAUGAUCUAAUCGAAGAACGAGAGAGUUGCAUAUUGGAAAUCAGCAAGAGGGAAGGGGAUAUACUUGCUUCUCAAAUAACCAUACAACAACUCAAAGAGCGGGAUCAGUUGCUUUCUGCACAGAACGAAAUGUUAAAGAUGGAUAAGGCCAACUUGAAGAAAAAGGUGGCAGAACUGGAUGAUAUGGUGAAAACGAUUCUUGGAACAAAAGCUACAGAACAGCGAAUUCAACAAUCAUCAAUGACAAAGAAGAGUUCAUUGAAAUUGGGGGAUGCUGAUUUUGCAAAGAGGCUGGAACAGUCUGAAAAGCUUCUUUCUAGAGUGAAUGGUGAACUAUGUCAAUAUCAUAAACCUAGUAGCAGCCAUCCACAUGAUAAAACUGUUGGACAUGGUUUAGAAACAAAUUUUAGGAGGCAGAAAGCUAAAUUUGGUUAGCGGGAAAGCCUUGUUCUACCUUGUGUUACAGGCAAACACAUGCACCGGAAUAAAUGGUAUCUCAUUACAAACAAAGCUUUUGCUCUCAAGUAUACAAUCGAUUUUGGACUUACAAGUAGCGUGGGCACAGUAGAAUUGAGACAAUCACUUUAAAAUGUGUUUGUUGUGUAUGUGCGCCUGUACUGUACAUGUAUAUUUUUUUUUCAGCCAGCUUAUGUACAUAUAUCAUUUAUCUAUUUCUAAACAUUAUUUGGUAAA